AUGCGCCGUGACGUCAUGUUGUGUGCGUCGGUCUUUACCAUUGCUUUGCAAUCAACAUGGGGGUGACAUGGUAAGAGUCCCAUGAUGUAUGUGCUAGUUAUCAUUUCUGAAUCUAGCAGCCAAUAUUCACCUUUGUGAAAUCUGUGGGCAAAUCCUUCAAGGCUUAAAGCCAGCAAUGAUCAAGCAGUUGCCUAAACAUAUUGCUGUUUGAAGCAAACUGUGGCAGUAACAUUAUUAUUGGUAUUUAUAUAGCGCCAACUUAUUCUGCAGAAUGUAGGUUUAGUGUUGUACUAUGGAGACUUAGCUGAACACAAAUAUUAGCGUUUAAAACAUUUCACAACUAUGAUAUCUUCAGUAAAAAUGCAGUUUUUUGCAUUUUUCAGACACAAACGGUACUUCCACUGUAUAUACGUUUUACUGUUUUAAAACACUAAUAUUUGUGUUCAGCGAAGUCUCCCGAGUAAAACAGUACCCCUCAUGUACAGGGUUUUAUGGUGUUUUCAAAAGUUACAGAGUCAAAUAUAAGGCUUGAGUUUACUUUUUUUCACAUUGAAAUUUGCCCGGUUGGUUAUGUUGCCUUUGAGACCGUAUGGUAGCCCAGGAAUGAGAAUUACCCCCAUGAUGGCAUACCAUUUGCAAAAGUAGACAACUCAAGGUAUUGCAAAUGGGGUAUGUCCAGUCUUUUUUAGUAGCCACUUAGUCACAAACACUGGCCAAAGUUAGCGUUCAAUUUCGUUUUUUGCUUUUGAUUUGAUCACAACUUGUACAGUUGGCUCAGUCCUUAAGGGGUUAAAUACACAUUAUGGUGAGUAUUAUUGCUGUAGUGUUGUACACUCUGACACAACAACAGUAUGGAGAUUCUAGAAAAGAUGGACAUUAGGAAGGGAGAGAGGGAUUUAAACUAUUCUUUGUAAAUAAGAUACAUUGUUUGUAGUUGAAAUUACAUUUUAGUUGCAUAAAUUGUUAUUAGUUCUUCACCUAAAUUUCUCAAAACAGCCCCCGAAUCCCCCAAGCAUAGUCCUAAAAUUAAAAUGUCCCACUUUAUCCACUGUGAAAUUUUGGGAGGUAUGCAACAAUUGUAUGUGUGAUUAAAGUAACUCCCCUUUACAUAAGUGUUUAAAGUUUUUAUAUUAUUUAAAAAGCCAUGCAACAUUAUAAAUAAUUGAAUGGUUUUUUUAUAACCAUGUAUGUAGUCAUAAGUUAUUUUUUUAGUCUGUCAUUGAAUAAAGUAAUUAGUUAUAUGAGAGAGAAACAUAAAUCAUUAUGUAAUUAAAACAUUGAAAUGUGUGAGGUCAUUCUCCUUACAUGAACACUGUGAAAACAUACAGAGUUAUUGAUUAGAAUGCGACUUGUUGGGAAAUUAAGAGUGAAUUAAAAAUAUUUGGCCAAAAUUGCAUAUUGGACAAAGAAAUUCCAGGUCAGCUAUAGUCACAUUUUGGCCUAGGUUGCUAGGUAAUCUGAAUACACAUAUCAGUGAAUGAACCUGUUAGCACAGUGGGGUUUAUGCAUAAAGAGUCAUUCAGCAGAAAAGUUUUAAAACUGAAGCAGUCGACAGGAACAUAUGAUUGGUUUUCAUGACUGUUCUACUUGUAGAAAUUUGCCACAGAAUUACUCUCUAUACAUCACAGUCGGGUUCUCUAUUUUUUUUUUUUUUUAUCCUCUAACCAUGGUGUUGUAUACCAGUUGCUUAUAACAAUGUUUGACAGGUAAUCAAGAUGGAGGCUCACACAUGACAAGUUUGUUGAUCCGCACUCAUAGAGAAUGCCCAUUGUUGUGUGCCGCUGCGUGCAUGUGCACCUGUUCGUACCAUGCACGUCCUGUCACCUGUGCACUUCUGAGGCUGAGGGGCUGGUCUGAGGUCCCUAGGGGAAGUUCCCUAGCUAAUUUAUAAAAGUGCUGAUUUCUACGAGAAAUCAGCACUUUUAUAAACUGGGAUUAAAUAAGGGUUCUCCUCACCCAUAAAGCACUUCAAUAAACUGAAGUGCUUUUGGGGAGCAUAGUGGUUCUUUAAGCUUGGUCGGUUUUUAAGUACGGAGGCAAUUGUCCAAGUUCUGAACCAAAACAAAACCUAGAACUGCAGAGAUAUAUCUGUUCAACCCUAAUUUACCUCUUGUAUAUCAAGUGUUCUUACACUAUAUAUAUAUUUGUUUAUUUAUUUUUUUAGUUAAAGUUGGGUUUAAAAAAAAAAAAAAAAGAUCAGGCUAUGUUAAAUAGAAUGCUGUGACACAUUAUGCAGUGAUCAGAUUUCAGGAACAGGUUAACAAAAACUAUAAAGGGUUAAAAAGAUCAUACUUUAACAACAAAUAAAAAUAUACCCCCUCCCCCCAAACAAAAAUAUAAAAGAACUCACUACUGAUCACUCUGAUCAUGGUAUUAGAACUGUGACCAGCAGCGAAAGGGUAAAACAAGUGAUUCUUUUUAUAACACACAAUAACACUUGGAACACUGCCAGCAAUGAUCUUUCUGAUUCUCUCCCUCAGAUCAAAGUAAGGGAAGAGAGAGGCAGAUUACAAUGUCACAGCUCAUGAUACAAAUCAUUGACUAUGACAUUGUAUCAGUGAUCACGUGACUCCCAUCGUAAUCGAUUGGCAAUUGGGGAACUGCCUCAAGGGAUCCAGCAAGGUGAGUAUAACUCAGGGUGGCUACAAGGCACAGAUGUUAGGAUGUGUUAUUACGCCCUAACUUCGUUAAAGCCCAUGCAGUUCAGGAAGUAAUGACACAGACAGGGAAGUUAGUUAAUAGGUUUCAGUUAACAUAUAUUACUACACCUAUUUUUUUUAAUUUUAAAAUAAACAAGUAUAUCUAUACACAUACAUGCUGGCCCACUGCAUUAACUCCUUAAAGGGACACUAUAGUCACCAAAACAACUUUAGCUUAAUGAAGCAGACUUGGUGUAUAGAUCAUGCCCCUACAGUUUCACUACUCAAAUCACUGCCAUUUAGGAGUUAAAUCACGUUGUUUAUACAGCCCUGGCACACAUCCCUGCAUGUGACUUACACAGCCUUCCAAACACUUCCUGCAGAAAUUCGUCUAAUGUUUACACUUCCUGUAUUAAAAAUACAGUUUAAUUUAGAACUUCACAUCUCUUGCUCUGAUAACUUAUUAAACCCUACAGGAGUCUCCUGUUUAUAAUUAAAGUUCAAUUUACAGAGCAGGAUAUAAAAACUUUUAAAGUAAGUUACAUCUGAUUGAAAGUGAAACCAUUUAUUUUCAUGCGGGCUGUGCGAGUAACAGCCAGAGGAGGUGUGGCUGGGGCUGCAUAAACAGAAACAAAAGUGAUUUAACUCCUAAAGGGAACAUAAUUGAGCAGUGAGACUGCAGGGGCAUGAUCUGUACAUCGAAGCUGUUUCAUUAAGCUAAAGUUGUUUUGGUGAAUAUAGUGUCUCUUUAAGGAUGUUAAGACAAUUCAUGUUGUCCUCCACAGUGAUUUUUAAGGAUGUUUGGUGUGCAUGAAACAUUCUGCACUGGGGUUUUCGACAGAGCGCAUAUUUAGUGACCCAAGAUUAGAUGAGCUAUAUAUAACGCACAAGUUAUGCAUACAGGCCUUUAAAUACAUUUAAAUCACCACAGCUGAGCGAUCAUGCUCAGCUGCCGUGAAUCUCUGUCUGCCACAAGUCUGAGGUAUGGCAGCUGCCUAGCACUGAUUACUGUGGGAUCUGCAGGGACAUCAUACCGGAGCUGUCGCAAGAGAGGGAGAUUACCCUCUCAUGCUGCAGUCACAUAGUAGAGGGCAGUCACAGAACGAUCUGUACUGUAUGAGCCGAGAAAUCCCUCUGAGUUAUAAUUAGUGAAAAGUAAGGUUUAAUGCUCUUCUAGGGUUAGGAAUAGUGUAGGGUAUGUUUAGGGUAGUAUAAAUAUAGGUUGGCAAAGCAUUUGUGGUCGUGUUCGCAUAGGUUUCAUUUGAUCCUUGACAUACAGUAUAAGGCAUUUAAUAAUCAGGACUGAUACAUAAAUCUAUUUUAAGUUAUUUUUCUUUAGUUGCAUAUGAUUCAUAAAAAUUGUUAUUUUAAGAAAAAUUGUAAAAAAAAUAUCAAAACAACCCCCCCACCCAUUUUUUACAUUUUAUUCACAUCUUAUGUUGCAAGGUAUACAUAUAGGAUAUUUUGUUUAAAAAAACAAUAUCUAUCCUUUAAAACAGAGCUUUCCAAACUGUGUCGCAACCCAGUGUUUCGGCUGCCGUAGGUAUGUCUGCAAAUGAGUUGUCGAUUAGUAUGGUGCACUAGUCCAACCACUAUGUGCAUACACCGAUAUACAGAAGGGGAGCGUGGUAGAGGAGCUCCUGUAUUCCAUACCUGGUCUGACGGGAAAUUCUCACUAAGAGCAAGAAACUGCUUCCUGUCAGACCGGGUACAGGAAACAGAGGCUCCUCCACCGCAGACCACCCGCUUGGCCAUUCUACAUGGAGGAAGGUGAGGCUGAGCAGGCGGAGGGGAAGGGGGAAAAAGGAGGGCACAGGAGGGGAGGAAGACAGAAGAAAGAAGGGCAGAGGAGGGGAUGGGGACAAAAGAAGGGCAGAGGAGGGGUGGGGGUCAAAAGAAGAGCACAGGAGAGAAGGGGGGGGCAAAAGAAGGACACAGGAGAAGGGGGCACAAAAACAAACAGGCUGGGGAAGAAAAAAGACACAUAAGUGGGCUGGGGGUACAAAGAGACACAGAGGGGCUGGGGGGACAAAGAGAUAUAGAGAAGAGCUGAGGGUAAGAGACACACACAGAGGAAGGGGAAAAAGAGACUCACAAAUGUGUUGAGGGAGAAACAGAAACGCAAAAGGGCUGGGGGAAGAAAGAGGCCACACCAGUCUGCCAGCCGGCCACAGAAAUUAAUGUGAGAAGACCCAACUUGGGCUUGGUAUCAGAUUGUUAUUGUGAAAAGGGGCCAGAGAUUAUCGAGGGAUCAUACAGGUACUGCGCAUGUUCAGUAUGCGUAUCACUGGUCACGCGGCCACAACUGAAGUGACAUGUUCGAGAAGUAGAACACUGUCUUGACCUCUGCUGUGUCAUGAAAUAAAGCAUGUCUGAAAAGUGUGUCACCAACAUGAAAAGUUUAGAAAGCUCUGCUUUAAAAAACAAUAUAUAAUUAAAAAGAUAACAUUUCUUAAAAUGAAAUCCUUAAAUUACGGUGGAACAAACACUUAGCACAAAUCAUAGGUUUUGCUUUGGUUCAGAAGUUGGAUAAAUGCCACCGUCCAUAAAUGGGUCAAUAUGUGAUAUUCAUUUUCAUGUAUACACUUUUCCACUAGCUCUCCUAUAGUGAUCAAGAGGUAUCAAGUCCAGCUGUAUUAGAUGCUUUACCUGUGGAUAUCAGUAACGGCACUACGCUGACAUUGGCACAUCCAGUUUAUAAAUGCUAUAGUUUGACUAGCCUGUAAUAUAAAGCAGAGGAUGAUGGCUGUAAUACAUGCCUCACGGCAGAAUCUGCUUAUCCUUUUGGUAGGUUGCAAUAAUCUGAUCUUAGAAACUGAGGACAGUUAGGACAGAAGCAAUUCUUUGUCGUGUUCCAGAGUAUAGCAGUUAUGUAUACAGUGCAAAUGAUUACUCUAUAUUUAGAUCUUACACAAUUCGAAUAGUUUUUGUGGUUAUUACUUCACUUUUAAUACAAUGCCAUAAAACUGGUUAUAAGUAACUAUUAUAUGACUAAGAAUGUCUACCGCAGCGUUUCACAGGUUCCGUUGGCAGAAGGAAAGAGUGUGCAGCAGACAGUAGAACUUCUGUCCCGAAAACUAGAGCAGAUGGGAGCAGAGAAGCAAGGAACGUUUUAUGUGGACUGUGAAACAUAUCAUACAGCUGGUGCCAGCAUGGGGACCACAGGUACAAGCAGCAUCUACUUUAUGUUCUACAUAGAAAAAUAAUACACAUGUACGUGGUUUUCAUUAAUGCUUGUUUCUAUUGGUAAUUUGAUAGCAAUAUAGCAUUUAAGGUAACAGAUUUCCUUUGUAAAUACAUGUAGAUUAUGUUCAGCAAGGCAAAUCUGGCAGCGUAACAAGGUUCUUGCAUUAUGUUUGUCAAUAUUGCAGGCAGUAGACCCAUUGUUCCCUGCUACUGGAAAACAUAAAAUUAAAAUAUACUGAUGAAUAUCGAAUCAGAUAUUAAAGAAUGUUUUUAAGAAACAAAUAUAAAAUGUUUGUAAUAUUGCUUUUUAUAAAUCAGGUCAAACCGGGAAGCUUCUAUAUGUAAUGCACAAUUCAGAAUACCCUCUUAGCACCUUUGCCCUAUUUGAAAAUGGUCCUUGCUUGGUUGCUGACUUGAACCUCGAUGUUCUGAUGGUGAAACUGAAGGGCUUCUUCCAAAAUGCUAAAGCCAACAAGAUGGAGACUCGUGGAACUCGCUACCAGUACUGUGAUUUCCUGGUGAAGAUUGGCACAGUCACUAUGGGGCAAAGUGGCCGUGGAAUCUCAGUUGAGGUAUUUAUGAAGAAAUUCUAUAUAUUUCUAAUUUAACAAAAAUAGAUUUAAAAAAAAAAGAAUCACUUGACCUAUUGCCAUUUUCAGCUUCUUUGUAUCUUGUUGACAAAAAUGUCUUUCUACAUUAUUGGGUGCCUGAUUUUAUGUACAUUGCAUCUUGAUUGUAGUAACAAGUUUAGUCAUAAUACAAGUUCUUUUAACAUAUUACUAAAUUAAUCUAGAACUAUUACCAAGACUAGUGAAUGAGUACUAGUGAAUAAUAAUUUUUCACUUCUGUAGCAUCUACUGAAACAUGAAUAAGUGGACGGCAUGGGUACCUUUAAGACUUAGCUAUCAAAUACCACUAGCCUUCCAUAAUUCCUGCUACACCCAAAGGUAUUGGCCCAAAGUCUGUCAUUUUUUACGAAUUUGUUUGUCAAAAAUAUGACACACCUCAGAUCACACACCACAUAUAGGAAGGCCAUAAAUGUCUCAUUAAUGGUGCACUAUAUAUAGGCACUCAGCAGAAAAGAGAGAACAUUAAGGAAAGUUUUGGUAAAAAAUAAAUAGAUCUAGUUCAGAAAAGAACUGUCCUUUCUCUUCACAAAUGGUUAAAAAAAAGAAAUCAAAGAUUUUUUUUUCUAAGAGCACUUAAAUAAGUUUGGUUGAUAUGAUAGACAGCACAUAUGCCAUGUGCUUAAAAUAAAGCUUCAGAGCAACUUCCUUCCCUAAUGCCAUAUCCCAAGCAUUUCACAUUUAAAACACCUCCUUAUAUAAUAUACACUCCCGGUCUGACCAGAUGAAACAUCAGAAAAAGAUGGAACUAAAACUGCAUAUCUGGGGGUGAAUGCUCUUCUGUUUUUGAUGAUUGAGACAGCCCUCGAAUCUUACCUAGCAAUAUUUAUGUAACAACUCUCUGUACGUUAUCUUUUAAGCCAAUGUUCUACCAAAGAACAAGAAUUUUUAUUUUGAACACUAACCUGCAGUGUUGAAUCAUAUUGAAUGCCUUGGCACAUCCACUGCAACACCCUGAUUUAUACUUCUACUUACUUCUUCAUACAAUGCAAUAAAGUUAGUUUGACCUAUUUAUUAAUGAUCUAUUUUUCAUAAACAGGGUGAUUUUUGCGAAUUACAUGUUUCUGAAUAUUUCCUGAAUAUUAUCCCUUAAGAGCCCUACAAAUACUUUGACAGUCACAGAUGUUAAGCUAACAGAUCGAUAAUUUCCAGACAGAGCUUUUGAACUCUUUUUGAAGAUUGGAACCACAUCUGCUUUUGUCCAAUCCCGGUACAUUUUCUGAAAGAAAAGAAUCCUAAAAGAUUAUUUUAGGUUUGCUUAUUUUCACACUUAGCUCCUGAACAAUUUCUUCUGGAGAAACAGAGAGAUCAAAAGGCUAGUUUCCCUUUCACUUAGUAGUAGUUCAAGUUCCCUGAGUUAUCGGUAACUUAGGGAUCAUGAAGAAAGUUGGACCUGUCACAUAUAACUGGUAUUAAAGCAGAUUUUAUUGGAAGACCAUACAGCGUUUUGGAUCCCACAGGAGCUUUUAUCAAGCUAACACAAACAGAGAGUGAACUCAUUUAAAUAGCCAAUCAGUUAAGGUGCCAUGUGCAAAACAAUAGUUGCAUUAUUAUGACAUCACACAAAGUUAAAUGCAUAUAUUACAUACAAAAAUAUAUAAAACGUGCAUAUUAUAAAACAUCUAAAUAUAACACAAUGCUCCUUUAUUACAACUAUUUAAAAACAUCAAUAUUUCACGUAUUCUGACUGGACCAGCAUCUCUCAUAUUUACUAAAGCCACAUGUGAUCAAAAUGUAAUGUCAACUUUUUACAGGGUCCGGAACAUUGUAAGGUCAGGAACACAAAUCUAUUCCUGACCCUAUACUGUUAAAACCACCAUCUUUUGUUACAAGGGUUGCUCCCUACAUCCUGCAGCUAUUCAUGUUCCUGUGUAUGUUUGUGUAUUAGUAUUUAACUCCAACCAAUUACCAGCAAUAUGCAGCAGCAAAAGCUUAUCAUCAAGCGUAUUACAUCCGUGUAAAGGUUUUAUGAAUGACAAAGAGACAGUUGUUAUGAUUUUCUUUGAAUAGCAGACAGUCAAGUGACAUUGUUUGGUUAAAGGCACGCUCAGACGUGAACUGGAAGUCUAUUGUACCAAAAUACACUAAAAGUCACAGUCUAUGCUAGUCCGAACAAGAAAGAUUGUAAGCAAUAAUUGAAAUAAUAUUUACAUUUACUGUUGUAACCUCUUCGUGUUUUGCUUUACCUCAGGUUGAUUACUGCCCGUGUGCUGUGCCAGGCGAUUGCUGGAACCUAAUGGUGGAAUUCAUGCAGAGUUUCAUGGGUAACAAUGCACCAUCUGUUCCUCCUAUCUUCAGUGCCAAACACGAUUCACUGUACACACCUGCAGACACCAUGGUGCAGUACAUGGAGCUGCUCAACAAGAUCCGCAAGCAGCAGCAAGGUUCAGUUGCAGGGAUGCGGUGAUUUGGAGGGGGACGUCUACGUGUCCCAGUUAUUGCUCAACAUUUUGUCCCACCACACAUAGCAAAAUAAAAUAAUUUAAUACCUACAUUCAUUGAGGCAAAAUAAUGUUUAAUGCCUGCGUUCAUUGUGAAGCAGCAACUGAUGUUUGCACUUUGGAGAAGGGAGAGAUUUACUAAACCGAGGUUGGAGUUUCACCGCUACGGGCAUCCUUUAUGUGAAGAAGGAAAGAACAAGACAAGCACAGUGAAGCAGUUGCUGGGGGAUAGUGUCAGAUUGAAUCAACGCGAUCUGCAGAACAUUGUGCCGGAUUCUGUGUUGUUAACCUGUUUGCUCAUAUGGCAGAAGAUCUGUGUAAGCGAAAUGCAAAUCAAAAAAAUAUGUAAAACACACUGUAAAUAUGUAUGUGCAUGGGUUUACUUUUUGUGGUAUUUUUUUUACCUCCUUUUUAAAAGUAUAUAAUGUUAAAUGUUUACAUAUUUCUUUAUUAUUAUUAUUAUUAUUAUGUUUUAUAAACCAUGAGGUCUCUAUAUAGUACUUACACUGUUACAAUUUGUAGUAUUUCACAAAAUACUAGUUACAUAGCUGAAAAGAGACUUGCAUCCAUCAAGUUCAGCCUUCCUCACAUAGGUUUUUGCUGUCGAUCCAAAAGUAGGCAAAAAACACAGUCUGAAGCGCUUCCAAUUUUGCAACAAACUAAGAAUAAAUUCCUUCUUGACCCCAAAAUGGCAGUCAAAUAUCUCCUUGGAUCAAGCAGCAAGUCUUCUACGUGUUGCAUUAAAGGCAUACUCUAAGCACCAUAAUCACUUCCCUAUUUACCUGGGGUCCAGUUACCUCCUCCAUGAGAGCUGGAAAGUCUUUGCUAGGCCUGGUAGUGCAGCUAAAACUCCGGAUCUGCAGGAUCUUCCAGCUCUCAUUGGAAGAGGAGACCGACAACCAGUGGACCGCAGGUAGGAGCAUACCGUGUAAAUGAAUUUGCUUUGACAGUGCAUGCAUCUGCACAUCACUUUGGAAGGAAUGCUUCUGUGUUUAUGCACUCAUAUAGUUAUCUGCAGAUACCUGAGAGCACCAGGAGAUUCAUUGGGUGAUGACCAACGUGAG